CAAGUAAAGUGUACCCUUCAAACUUCCUUUUUUCUCCAUCCCAAUGCACAAAUUUCUGAGGGUGUUUCGGACAUUUUCUCACUCUCAAAAACUCACCUUUCAGUUUCUCAGUUCUAACGAUAUUUUCUAGAUAAGAGUAAGUAUAUAAACUGAGAUUUUCAUGUGAAGGCCAUUAUUUUGGUUUUAACUUUUUGUUUCAGUUUCCUCUAUAGAUGCAUAAUUGCAUAUCUCUCUGGCAUUUUGUCUUUUUCUCUCGUUUUUAUGCCCUUGAUAGCUGUGACUUUCUUUGGAAGUUUGCAAGCCACGGAAAGGUAGUUUCUGCUAUUUCACAUAAAUUCUGCUACCUUUUUUGUUGGUUUGGUUUAGUAUUCAGAGAGCUAUUUCGAGCAAACUGUGAAAAGUUUGCUUCUUUUUGGAGGGUUUGAAACAAGGACAAGUAGAUUCCUGAUAUUAUUCUCUUAUACACACUUUCUUUUUCUCUUAUUAAUUCGAUACAAAAGUUUAACAUUUUAGCCGCGCAAACAGACAUCCUCGUUUCACUUUCGAUCUUAUCCAUAUAGAGUACUGUGAGAGCAGUUUUGUGGCAUUUCCGGGUUUUCGCAUUUGCAAGCCAUGGCAGAUUUGCGAAGCAGAGGCAAAGCAUUGGAAGAAGAAGAUUUUCAAGAACCAGAGGUGUGGGCUUCCCUCAAGGAGUUCUCAUCAAAGGGGAAAAAAGCCAAAGAAUAUUCAUCCGGCACUUCGUCGUCUACGUCUGCAUGGGGUUUGUCUUCUGCACCAAGAGUGAUCCCAAAGGCACAAGAGUUUACCAGUGGCACCGGCUGGCAGUCAUCGGCUCCGGUGGACAUUCCCGACUGGUCCAAGAUUUUAAAGAGGAACUCAUCAAACGAGGAUUUAUGGGAUGAUGAAUGUGAUUCUGAUGAUGGUACCAAGAAAAGAUUCUAUGAUGAUGUUGAGACUGAAGACGGUGAAGAAAUGGUUCCGCCGCAUGAAUAUUUAGCCAAGAAGCUUGCCGGAACUCAGAUUGCUUCAUUUUCUAUGUUGGAAGGUGUUGGAAGGACCCUCAAAGGAAGAGAUCUCAGCAAACUAAGGAAUUCCAUUUUAACCAAAACUGGCUUUCUUGAAUGACACCGACACCACAAUCGCUAUAAUCUUGAUGUCACCAUCCUGGUUAUUUCUUCUUUUUUCUUUUUUUGGGGUACCAAGGUUGCUGCAUAUCUACUGUUUUUUACAUUUAUGAAUGAUAAUAGUUGUCAGAGCUGGCAUUUUUGGGAGCUUUUAAUAGGGUUAAACAAAUAGCAUAAGCAAAUGAUCGGUUGCAGUCUCUGAGAUUUUUGUCUGGAAGAUUUGUGUUUCGGCCAGAUAGACUAUCCGGAUCCGGUUACAUGAAUGGAAAGGAGUUUAAUUUAUUUGUUUAUGCUAUUUUAUUUUCUAUAUUUA